AUGGCGUCGGUAGCUUCAUCUACACCCUCAGCGCAAGAAUCAACCCUUCCCAAGACUGCCGCUCCGUCUCAACCAACGUACAACUUUAGUUUUGCGCCCUUCUUGCGCACCAACGGCCUCGCCGCUCUCGCUUCCACCGUCCCCGUGUGCCCUGAUUUCGCCAGUACAGGCCACUGUCCGCGCGGCCGUCGCUGUCCCGAUCGUCAUCCCACACCCACUCAAGCGCAGCAAUCCCAUUCUCAACAACACCACUACGGGCGCCACACCAAUGAUAACUACGUCUGUAAACAUUGGCUCAAGGGUCUCUGCAAGAAGGGCGAUGCCUGCGACUACCUGCAUGAAUAUAACCUACGAAAGAUGAGCGAAUGUCAAUUCUAUAAUCAAAAUGGCUAUUGUCAGAACGGCGACGAGUGUCUCUACGUGCAUGUCAAGGAGGGUUCAAAGCUGCCUAUGUGCGAAGAUUAUAACAAGGGAUUUUGCGAGAAGGGCCCUAGAUGUCCAAACCGGCACGUGAGGAGGAAGCUGUGCGAGUUCUAUCUGGCGGGAUUCUGUCCGGAUGGGAAAGAGUGCAAAUUUGGGGUUCAUCUUAAGAGCGGGCCGGCGGCUGCGGCAGCGGCUGCAGCAGAGAAGGAUGCAGACGCACAUCGGAGAGAAAGAGUCGCGGACUUGGAAAAGAGGGAAGAAGAAUCGCGCAAAGACUAUGGUUGGAAGGGUGGCAGAGGUGGAAAAGCAGGAAGGUGGAGAAGCAAACGAGACAGGAGGUGA